CGCUAGUCGCUAGUUCGGACAUAAACCAUAGCACGGACACGAACCAUGUCAUGUACGUUACCGAGCGAAAGGGACGUAGACACGUAGUUGCAAUGAUGUCCACUUUCUCAGGGGGCAGGCUGAAAAUGUGACUUCCGCCUCCGCCAGCUUCAGAAAGAUUAAAGAGAUGGCGGCUGGUUAAGGUUAAGAUAAGAAAGACGUAAACAGUACGCGGAUCGCGGGUCGCGGGUCGCGGGCCAAUGAACUGUCAGAGUGUCAGGUCAGAGACGUCAGAGUCAGUGUCGGUGGCGUGGCGGCGUGGCGUAGUGCUCGACGCUCGCCCGGGCUCGCCGUGCUCUCGUACUGUCGUACGUCGUACUGCGCUGUAGGCUGUAGCUGUAGUGCGCGUGGUGCAUACACGUGUGUGUGUAUAUAUGUGUAUAACUGCACGGACAACGUCCACUGCGACUGCGAUCUCAACGAUCGAGAAUCGCCGGUGAUGGUGAUAGCCGGGUGUAUGCCGUAUAUGUAUGGUUGAGGUUGAGCGCGCGUGUAAACGUUUCUCGUUCACCUGCGCUGUCACGCUGCUAAAGCUAAACUCGAACGAUUCACGCGACGCUCCGGCUCCUCGUCGGCGUCGCUCGUCCCGGUACUCCCGACUCCCGGCUCCCGGGCCGUGGCAGUGGCAACUGCUGGCAACCGCGGCAACGUCCGAGGGCGAGGAGCACAAGAGUUUUGCCCACGCACGCAACAUUGUAAUAUCGUAUGCCUGCCUUUUGUAAUACACGCUAAUAGAGAUACCUAAUCGAGAUACCCACCGGCAGCCGAGAUGCAGUGGCCCUCGCUCAGCGUUAUUCUUUCCGAGAUAUUUCUGGCGUAUAUCGUCUACUCGAUAUACACGCUGUCGCUGCUGUUCGUGUCGCCGGCCUGCGAGGAUGGCAAGCCGUGUCUCGAGUCGUACCUGAGCGAACGGCCGCAGUUGGAUCUAUACAUGUACAGCUCCAUCAGGAGAAAUCCCGCCAGCAGAGACGUCGACCUCGUAUACUCGGGGCAAAACUUCGCGUACGAUCAAACGCAAACCAUUCCAGUGACUCUGACCGUACCAGGCGACACACGGCGAAAUGGAACAUUGUUCUUACAUAUAUUAUUAACGCCUCCCUCCGUAAAACGGAGCAGGACGUUUGUUGAUUUGCAAAAAGAUAUAUUUACCUCGUAUACCGCUAUUAAAAUGACACAAUACGUAGUACCUGAGGCAGAAGCGUUCAAGUUGUUAGGCGACAAGAGCCAUGGCCAUGGUACGAAAAAAGUUACGAGCCAGAUUAUCGUACGUCCAGUCUCACACGUGAAAAGUCGCGUGACUUUUACAAUAAUGACGGACAACGUUAUGCUUCCUAUAUACGGCAUGCCUGCCGAGCUCGUCAAUCACAUCAAAAUAAUUGGCAAACGGACAUUCUUGCCGAUUGUAACGUGCGACUUUUUACAAACGCGACAUCGGGACCUUAAGCGAAUUACCCCGCAAAAUUAUACGACGAACGUCGCGGUAGAAUAUUCGCCUGUGUCGCUAGGAAAAUUAAGAUUGGUGCUGCACGUGCAGGCGACCAUGGAGAAUCUGAGGAAUCUCGGCUUCUCCGACAAAGACAUCGAUGAAGUAAAGGGCAUCUUUGCUGACACCAACGUCUACUUAUUGGGCGGUACAUUCUUCAUCGCGGCUGUACACUUGUUGUUUGAUUUUCUUGCUAUUAAAAAUGAUGUCAGUUUUUGGCGGAAGAAGAGUAAUCUCAUAGGCCUCAGCAAAUGGACCGUGAUAUGGCGUGCGUUCAGUCAGACGGUCAUUUUCCUUUAUCUUUGCGACGAAGGUUCUUCCUUGCUCGUUCUCAUUCCGACCGGUAUCAGCACUGUUAUCGAGCUGUGGAAAUUAAAAAAGAUGUCGAGAGUGGACGUGAUUAGCAGCGGUAGCAUUUUGCCGAGAAUACGAUUUAAAACUGACUGCAUUGACGCAGCCGAGGUGAAAACUAGAGAGUUUGAUGCUGAGAGUAUGCGUUAUCUAAGUUACUUGUUAUAUCCGUUAGUUAUCAUUGGUGCAAUCUACUCGUUACUUUAUCAGCCGCACAAAAGCUGGUAUUCAUGGAGCAUAAAUUCCUUAGUGAAUGGAGUUUACGCAUUUGGAUUCCUCUUUAUGCUGCCGCAGUUGUUCGUUAAUUAUAAAUUGAAAUCCGUGGCGCAUCUGCCAUGGAGGGCGUUCAUGUACAAGGCAUUUAACACUUUCAUCGACGACGUGUUUGCUUUCAUUAUAACGAUGCCGACAGCGCACAGAAUAGCGUGUUUCAGAGAUGACGCCGUUUUUCUGAUUUAUCUGUAUCAAAGAUGGUUAUACCCGGUGGAUAAAUCACGUGUGGAUACUGAUACGAUUACAGAAGAAGCUGUCAAUUUCGGCAACAAUACGAACAAAAAAACAAAUUAACCAUUCCUAUUGUUUACUGUUUACUGUGUAUUGUUAUUGUUUGUCUUCGUUACCUAGAACUUGAAACUUUCGUAAUAUCAUGUUGAAACGUUAUUACGUGCUGGCAAACAGUAUUUAUAUCGCUAAUGUGAAAAUUUAACUAAUAUACGCAUACAAUUGUUACGAAAAAUAUAUCUUAUUUUCUUUUUAUCACCUA